GAAAAGGAGUAUACAGAAAGUGAUAGCUUUUAUAAAAAAAAAAUGGAAAAUUCAAGGUCUGGUUUUUAUUUCUUGGUUCUUUGUUGUGCUAGCCUUCUCUUCCCAACAUGCUGCAGCAGUAAGCGUAUUCCCUUGUUUAUAUUUGGAGACUCAUUUUUUGAAGCUGGAAAUAAUAACUAUAUCAGAAAUGCAUUUGGCCGGGCAAACUUCUGGCCUUAUGGUGAAACCUUCUUCAAGUAUCCUACUGGGAGAUUUUCGGACGGUCGAGUAAUUCCAGAUUUUAUUGCUGAGUAUGCAAAGUUGCCAUUCAUUCCUCCAUAUCUGCAACCUGGCAAUCACCAGAUUACAGAUGGGGUGAACUUUGCAUCAGGAGCAGCUGGUGCUCUAGCUCAAACCAGACCUGCUGGAUCGGUUAUAGACCUUAAUACGCAAGCAAUUUAUUUCAAGAACGUGGAGAGGCAGAUAAGUCAGAAACUGGGGGAUAAAGAAACUAAGAAAUUGCUGUCUAAGGCUAUCUACAUGUUCAACAUCGGUAGCAAUGACUACGUAGCACCUUUCACAACAAACUCCAGUUUGCUCCAGGCCUACUCCAGAAAGGAGUACGUCGGAAUGGUUAUCGGCAAUACAACAACUGUGAUCAAAGAAAUAUAUAGGAAUGGAGGAAGGAAAUUCGUGUUUGUCAGCAUGGGUCCUUUGGGUUGUUUACCAUAUCUGAGAGCAUCAAACAAGAAUGGCACAGGUGGUUGCAUGGAUGAAGUCACGGUGUUUUCAAAACUACACAAUAGCGCACUCAUUGAAGCCCUCAAGGAGCUCCAGACACAGCUUCAAGGGUUUAAAUACGCUUAUUUUGAUUUCUACACUUCAUUAAGUGAAAGAAUCAAGCGCCAUUCAAAAUAUGGUUUUGAGAAGGGGAAGGUGGCGUGUUGUGGCAGUGGUCCAUACAGAGGAAUCUUGAGUUGCGGCGGAAGGGGAGCAGAAGAGUACCAAUUAUGUGACAAUCCUAGCGACUAUUUGUUCUUUGAUGGUGGUCAUCUCACCGAGAAAGCCAACAAUCAACUUGCAAAGUUGAUGUGGAGUGGGAAUUCUAAUGUCAUAUGGCCUUACAAUCUUAAAACAUUAUUCCAGGAGUAGCCCAAAAAUAGGUCAUGCAACCAUAUGUAUGGUAGUUUUCCUAGGAUUCAAUAACCAUAUAUUCGAUAUCUUGUUGUUCUAUCAUAUAUCACAAGAAUGGUACCUAAUGGUAAAAUAGUCUUUUCAAUGCA